UUCUUAUCGUCAAUAUUCUUACCUGCUUUUCGUUAUCAGGGAAAGCAUAGCUUAUAUGCAAUAAUCACAUUUGUGUAUAAAGCAUGAUGAUGCGAACACCUCCACUCGCUUCACCAUCAUCAUCAGAUUCAUUUGCGAGAACUACAAUUUUAUCAUCCAGUGGACCGAGUACACCGACAAAAGCAUGGCGAGGAGCUGUGCAUAGCUUGCAUCAUGCAUUCGACGACAGCAGUGAUGAAGAAAGUGACGAGCUCUUUGGCUCAAGGCCAAUUCUAGCAAAAACAAAGCAAUCUCAGCCCUCACCUUCACGAUUUAUAAUUAAAGGUACAGUGACCCCUUCAAGAGCUGCACCUCUUUUCGCAAGGUUUUCAAAAGAUCGUAGAGCUGCUCAGCGAUCAAAAAAGAGAGCCACAGAUUGGAGCGACUCGGAAGAGGAAUCUAAUGAUGAAGAAAAUAUCGAUAGACGAACCAAUAUCAGUCCCUGGACACCUACCAAGCUGACACCAAGAUCAAAAGCACAAAAACGAUUUCCAUUGACUGAUAUAUCACCCUCGAAAUCGAAACAUCAAAGAUCUUCUUCCAACCUCACAUCCUCGCCAAUCAAACCACCUGCCAUCAAUGUUAGCCAGUCUCGCUUCAUUGCAGCAUCGUAUCGAAAUGCACAACCUCCGGCUAUGCCAGUUCCUGUGCCUCUAUCACAUCGAGCAGGUUUAGUAACAACGAAUAUGGCUUCGUACAUGCAUGCCAUGCGAUCGAACAAUCUCGGUCAUCUUGCUUUCGCUACCUCUUCGCGUGGUAAUACUUUGGGGUCAUUAGGUCGCGGAGUGUUGAGCGUUGCCGGUAGACUUGGAGGAGGUGGAUCAGGGCGAAUGUGCAACUUUUCGCAAAGAGCAUUCCAUUCAAGCUUUUAUACCACUUCUACACCUUCUUUGGAUUUGUUCACUUUGCCAUCGGAACAUGAUACCCACCAAUUCUCCCAUCCGAUCUGUGGUGAAUAUGCAAAUUCAUCGAGAUCUUUGAGUGGUCAACAAGCACAAUGGCUAGCAGUGGGCAGUAAUGAAGGCAGAGUGUUUCUGUUGAACACUUUGGAAGGCGCAAUGUCAGAAGAUGAUGGAUCGACACCUUCUUGGCUUGCUCAUGAUGGUUCGAUAUUUGAAGUGAAAUGGAGACCGGAUGAUGAAAUGAUUGCAACGGGUGGAAGUGAUUAUCAAAUUCGUGUUUGGAAUACGUCAACAGGUGAACAAAUUCGCAGCUUUUCCGGUCAUCGAGGAACGCCAAGAUCAAUUUCUUGGGAUCCAAACGGAAACGGAAAUAUCCUUUGCAGUGGCGGAAGGGACGGAGCGAUUCAUUUGUACGAUUUACGUGAUCCAAGCUCAACGAGUGAAGAUGAUGACGGAAACGACUCCACACCACCCAUUGCUUCAAUUUGGGGUGCACAUACUACGGAACCUGUCAGACCGCUCAAAGGUCCUGGCAGUCGAGGCGGUAGACGUGGUACUCAAGGAAGAGCAACGUAUCCCAAAGGCAUCACUUCGCUAACUUAUGUCCCUGGAAGAGGUAGCAACAUCUUAUGCAGUGCAGGAUGCGGUGAUGGUAUUGUGAAAUUAUGGGAUCUUCGUGCAAUGGCUAGCUAUGACGAUAUCAAUAUGCGUGAUCAAAUGGAAGAAACAUUGAUGGGGAUCAAUGAUCCACUAGAAGCUGGUCUAGACGUUUCUCUGCAAUUCACGAAGAACAAAAGCCCACAUGGUAUUUCAAGCAUUGUUGCAUCUUCCACUAAAAUAUUUACGGCUUGCACGGAUGGUUGUAUUUAUACACUUCCUCUUUACGAUCUCAAAGCUCGUUCUACCACCGACCUUGGCCUGCCCAUCGGACCAAUGUUCGAUCCGGCGCAAAGAGGGAAUUCUCUCUAUGCUCGAUUGGCACUCCAUGAUGAUGAAAGGACUUUGGCUUUAGGCUGCAGCUCAGGGGCUGUAUCGGUAUGGGAUACGCAUGCUGCAAGCAAAGCUGCUGCUGAACUUUCUUCCCUGGGUGUACAUAUAGCCGACUUACAACCAAAUGGGGCAAAAAGGCAAUCCUCUUCUCUGUCUCCUGCAUCCGAGGAUCCUGACUUCAACUUUCAAUCCAACGUUUCCAUCUAUGGACAAGGACAAGAAGAGCUUAUAGAAAUGGCGAAACCUGCAAUUUUACAUGGAGCACAUCGCAACAAUUUCGAAAUAAACGGUAUAUCCUGGGCACAUGGUCCAAAUGGUCCAACAUUGGCAUCCAUCUCGGACGAUCAUACAAUUCGCACAUGGAGUGCUUCGCAAAAUUAGACAAAAU